GCACGAGCCAGGAGCCGCUUAGAGCCUGUGCUAUGAGGCCCCACAGGUGAUGAGGUAACCCUUACUGGAACGUUGGGAACUCGUCCGGUGAGCCAAGGAGAGAAGCUGCACAGUCCCCAGGGCUCCGUUCAGGACUCACAGAAACCUUCUGCACCUUGGUGAUGGCACAAAGGGACUGUUUGCUUACUUGUAGCCUGCAUGGCCGCCAAGAAGGAAGGCAGAGGUAGAGCACGUGGGCCUGUGGCUCUCCUGGGAGCUUUGCAGCUCAGACCAUCGAGUCAAACCCUUUCCAGAGCCUGAGGACAGGCUCGUCUGAACCAGUGAUCUUGAGGCAUGAAUGAGAGAUCUUGCUCUGUUGGGACCGAGAACAAACUACGAGAUGGACAGGUGGAAAGUGUCUCUGCUGGGCACUCCUCAUUGUACAAGGACAGUGGCGCACUCAUGGCUUUCAGAGGAGUUCCGAUCUCAGAGCUGAAGAACCAUGGCAUUCUCCAGGCCCUGACCACAGAAACCAAUGGAUGGCAGCCAGGUGUUGUAAACCUGGAGGUGCUCAGAGCCCAGGAAGAAUGGGAAGUGGUGGGCACCAUCCAUCCAGACACAGAGUGUGGGGUCAGCUCCCAGCAGCCUGGCCAGCUCAUCUCCUUCAGCGAGGCUCUGCAACACUUCCAGACCCUGGACCUCUCCUCCUUCAAGAAAAGAAUCCAGCCAACUAUUCGAAGGACUGGGCUCGCUGCCCUCCGGCAUUGCCUCUUUGGGCCACCAAAGCUGCAUCAGGACCUUCGGGAAGAAAGAGACUUGGUCCUCACCAUUGCUCAGUGUGGCCUGGACAGCCAAGACCCAAUGCAUGGCCGAGUGCUGCGGACCAUCUACAAGAAGCUGACUGGCUCCAAGUUCGACUGUGCCCUUCAUGGAGACCACUGGGAAGACCUGGGCUUUCAGGGAGCAAAUCCAGCUACAGACCUGAGAGGGGCAGGCUUCCUUGCCCUCCUGCAUCUGCUGUAUCUGGUAAUGGACUCAAGGACAUUGCUGAUGGCCCAGGAGAUCUUCCGCCUGUCUCAUCACCACAUCCAGCAAUUCCCUUUCUGUUUGAUGUCUGUGAACAUCACCCGCAUUGCCAUCCAGGCCCUGAGGGAAGAGUGUCUCUCCAGGGAAUGUAACCGGCGACAGAAGGUCAUCCCAGUGGUGAACAGCUUCUACGCAGCCACCUUCCUUCACCUGGCACGCGUGUGGAGGGUCCAGCAGAGGACUAUCUCAGACUCAGGCUUUGUCCUCAAAGACUUGGAAAUAUUGGCCAAGAAGAGCCCCAAACGGCUGCUCAAGACGCUGGACGUUUACCUAGCCCAGGUGUCAAAGGGACAGGCCUCCUUGUUGGGGGCACAGAAGUGCUCUGGAUCACAAGGUCCUCACUCCAGGGACCUCACCUUCACAGGUGUCUGUGACGCGCAGUCUCAGUCAUCCGAGAGCGCGGGGUUGAUCUGACCCACCCCGGAGACCAGACCAGGGUUGACCUGACCCACCAUGGAGACCAGGGUUGACCUGACCCACCCCAGAGACCAGGGUUGACCUGACCCACCAUGGAGACCAGGGUUGAUCUGACCCACUAUGGAGACCAGGGUUGACCUGACCCACCCCAGAGACCAUUCCCAGAGAGGCUGCCUGGGUUGCUGGAGCUUUCACACCUGAAGAACCGUGUCUGGGCCCAAACCCUUCCUGCCUCUGCAGGUGACAUUAGGAUGCUCCCACGUGUGGGUGGUGAAGCUUAAGUUUCUUCACCAACAUAGCUCAUUCGGCAGCUAGAAUUAACCUCCUUCCUACCUUUGAAGCAAGGAGUCGUCUGUUGUUCCCAGCUGGGCCCCUGUUCACAGGGUUGGGCCCCCGAUAUCUUAGGGGGCAUGAACAGGCCGUGAAGUAGGACAGCCGUGUCUGAACGGCCUACACAUCCAGUCUACCCCUUCGCACCGAGAGAGAGUCCCAGCAAGUGACUGCUAGGAUUCUGACUCCCCAGCAGCCUCCCCUGUCUUGAGUUUGGAAUUGGAAAGGCAGAGGCAACAAUGUCUUCGACCAGUAGGGGGCAGCACAACACAGGAAAAAGCGACUGACUGAUGCAGGCCCCUCCCUUCAGUCACCAGGAUUUCCAGGACACUUAUUCCCACCUUUCUCCCCCUCCCCCUGCCCACCAUUGUUUGUGAUUUAGAAAUGGGCACAGGCCGGGGAUCCUGUGGAGACCGCGCACCAGGUUAACAAUGGUUUAUCUGCCUGGCAGAGAGGCGAUGGGAACUCGCUCGCCCACCAGCCGUUUUAGAAUAAAGGAACUGUUGUAUCUAGUGUUUUCUUCCAAGACAGUUCUUUCAGGACCUUGCUGUACCCCGUUGUCCAGGGACCAGAUUGAGCCAGGCAGGUUAGCACCUAGGGUGCCGUGGUGUUGCAGACUCCUCAGGCCCCAAGAUGGAGAGGCUUCCUGCACCCUGGCUGCCUGCCAUCCGAGUUCCCCUGGCUGCACGUGCAGGCCUGGAGACGUCCUUUAUUAUUGUGCGUAUGAUACAGGGUGUGAGGCACACACUUGACGUGUGGGGGUCAGAAGACAGCUGGCGAUGUUGGUUCUCUCCUUUUGUGGCAAGCUCCUUACCCACUAAGCCAAGUUGCCCACCCAGGCCAGGAGACCUCUUGCCUACUCUAGCUAGUGAGCGUGGUGGCUCUUGUUAGGGUUGACUGGUGUGGUAUCCACCCCAGGCUUUGCCUGCAUUUGCUCCAGGACCUGGCUGUUGCUCCCUCACCCCAGCCCCCCACCUAACCACCCAUGAGCCUCAGGCCCCUGGGCUCCUCUGGCUUCCGAGUGAAGCUGUAGAAGCCUGUGUCCAUCUCUGCUGCUGUUUCCGGCCACUCCAGAGGCCUCCCUCCCAGUGUGCCCUUGACAAAGCCCUGCAGUUGGCCCUCUGCAUAUUUACAGGGUCUCAAGUUGAAGGCUUUGUUACCGUGUCUCUCCCUGUAGCUCCCAUCUUCAGCGGCCGCAGAGAGGUCAGCAAGGCCCGAGUCAGUUUGGGUGCUUGCUUGGCUACUGUCCCUUUCGCUCCUCAGCGUCGGUUGGAAGCACAGGGUCCCAGGGCCGCAGGGACACUAGGAGGGCCGGCUGUAAGGGAGCCAGCUCCCCAGCAGGGGCCCUUCAUCCUGAGCAGGGUGCACACAGCUUCAGGAUAACUCAGCAGUCUGUUCUCCU